CGCCCAAUACACAAUAGCCUCGCUAGAUGGAGACGAGGAAUCACUGCAGCUGCGCUGCCGGCGGCGGCAGGGAGCGCGGGCGGGAGUGCAGCCCCGGGCGGGAGGCGGGCGAGGCUCUGGCUAGGCUCACGUCUGUUUUCUUCUUCGUGCUUUAUUUAUUUCGCCUCCGCCCGCGAUUCUGCUGCCCGAGCCGGCUCUCCAGGCCAACGCCUCCCGCAGCUGCCUCUCGCGCGCCUGCAAGAGGGGUGCGGAGAGCUCGGUCACCCCCGCGCCCCAGGCGGCCCAGCGGCGCCACCGACAAGGGCGGGGAGCAGCCGCGGGCCGGGGAGGGCUCUCUCGCUGGCUCCAGGCGGCUCCGAAGAGACUUUCCCCGCCCUCCGCCUCCGCCUUGCCAGCCCGCCCCGACCCAGGGUGCGGGGUGCCGCCCCUCCCGCCCCACGCGCAGCUAGGCACAUCCCGGAGCCGCCGCGCCCUGCGCCCGAUGCGAGGGCGUCGCUCCGGGUCCCCAGCUCAGCCGCCCCGGAGGCCCAACCCGCGCGCAAACUUUUGCUCCAGUGCCUGGCGCUCCGCCCCGGCAUGUGAAGCACCCGAGCGCCUGCACAGCCCCCAGGUUCGCCCUCGGACGGGCGCUGCGGGCCGAGAUGCUCCUCCGGGACCUGGUGCUGCGCCGCGGCUGCUGCUGGCCCUCGCUGCUGCUGCACUGCGCUCUUCACCCGCUCUGGGGCUUCGUGCAGGUGACGCACGGGGAGCCCCAGAAGUCCUGCUCCAAGGUGACCGACAGCUGCCGACACGUCUGCCAGUGCCGGCCUCCACCCCCACUGCCCCCACCACCACCACCCCCGCCACCUCCCAGGCUGCUCUCCGCCCCAGCUCCCAACUCUACCUCUUGCCCUGCUGAGGAAAGCUGGUGGUCGGGGCUGGUGAUCAUCAUUGCCGUAUGUUGUGCCUCCCUGGUGUUUCUGACUGUGCUUGUUAUCAUUUGUUACAAAGCCAUAAAAAGGAAACCACUGAGAAAAGACGAAAAUGGCACCAGCAUUGCUGAGUAUCCCAUGAGCUCUUCACAGAGCAGCAAAGGGGUAGACGUGAACAACGCAGUAGUGUGAGUCUGCAAGCCUUGGAGCUGCUGGCCGGAGGGACACCUUGGUGGCAUAGUGGACAUGGGAAAGCAGGUGGACAAGAGCUGACACUGGGCUUGUCCAGGACUUCAUUGCCUUGCAGGCCUCGAGACUCCUGAAGGGGAGACCAUCCUCUUCCCAGGCUUGCCUCUGGUCAGCCUGGGCAGGGGCAGCUCAGACACCAGGCUGAGCCUGGCUCACCCUGCAUGCAGCACAGGGGCAGCGUCACCGCCCGAGGCCCUCCAUACCCUCCUUCUCGUCUGGUGUUUGAUCUGCCAACUGCCCCCCCAGCUGCUGCCUAAAGCAUACGUGCUGAUGAAGGGGGGCUCUAUUUGUCUGCUGGGGCAGGGAGGCUCCUCCUUUAUCUGAAAGGAAGGUGAUCCAAGGCCCACUCCCCUGCUUGAAAACCUCUCCUCCUCCCAGGAAGCCCACCUGCUUCUCUGUUGUGUUGAUGUUCCCAAGAGAAGCCAUUGGCACAGCCAGGAGACAGACAUCCCCUUUCAAAGGUGCUUCCCACAUUUCUGUCUGUCACCCCUCUGUGAUUGUCUUUGGUCUUCAGGGCCUGCCUUCUCCAUUUUUGCCCCCACUGAUGUGGGGGGCCCUUAUGUCCUGACCACUUGCCAUGGAGGGCUGUGAGCCCAGCUGUCAAAAUCCUCUUUCAAGCAGAAAAAGGGUUCAUUGACCCUUGAGGGUAGUGUCUGGCCUUUCAUGGGCAAAAUGACUCACUAAACCCUAAGCCAAGGACCUCCAGGCAAGGGCAGGGGCUGCUGCACCUGUUCUCAGACUCACUCCCACACCUGACCCCAUAGGAACCGAUGCAUUCCUGUGAGCCAGGCCUUACCUUGGUUGGGCAGAAGCCACCACUUGUGCCAAAUCCACUGCAGGCACUCUGUACAAGGCCAGCGCUGAGUCUGCCUGACCCCGUGGUACUCAGACCCAAUCCCCCCUCACUCAGGAGGAGGUGUUCUUCUAGUGCCCGUCUAUAAAUGUCUCUUUCUGUGGUCUUAUGCUUUGAAAGUACUGAGCCCUCCAGAGUGGUUGCAAGAUGAAGGAAUGAAUGGGGUGAGAGGAGAGGAGCCCUCCAGGCUUGGUAACCACCCCUCCAUGCACUUGGCUUUUCUCCCAGGUGACCACCUGCCCCGUGGGGCACAGGAGGGAGAGCCUGGAGAAAGCAUGCCUGGCAGAUGAGGAGGACAUUCCUGACCCUGUGGCUCCUCUCACCACCUCACAUGCUUGCUCAAAAGGAACCCUGUGCAUCGAGUGGUUCCACUCUCAAGCCAUGUAGGGAUUUAGCUGGGUGGACCUGGUUUGCUUCCUAAACCACCAGGUGGUUGGGCCACAGGUAAGACUUUCAAUCCAGGGAAGACUGACAGACAUGAAAACCCAUCUCCAUUUGGGCAGAACCUUAAAAUGUCCUAGUGCCACUAAGCUGUCAGUGUGUCAUUGUCCUGCCCACAGGUCAGUGGGUGCAGGCUGCAGACCGGCCCGGGACACACUCUCCCACAAAGGGUUUUGUUUUCUCUCUUCCUUCUGUGUGAGACUCAUUAUGAGUUUGGAUUUGGAUGUAGCUUUCCCAGCGCACCUUGGCAUUGGCACAGUGCUGCCCACGGCUUUCUUCAUUACUGCCCCAGCCUUCAGCCUGGUGAGCACUUUAUAGAGCUCUUGGGAUACAGAUCCAGGUGACAAACAAGCCAGAGGAUGUGAGUCAGAGGCAGGGCAGGGGUGAGAAGGUUGGCAGACCCCACCCCAGGUCCAUUUCCCCAACCAGAGGCUCAGGUUGUGCAAUUAGCCUGAUCCCAAUCUGCAGCCUGCUGGUGCCUGCAGGACCCCCGGGCUGCUCCCUAAGCAGCACCUGGACAGGACCCCAGCCCUGAGCACACUACUGUGGACUUCACCAGUAAAAAAAUGCUUGUGCCUUGGCUGGUUGGAAGCUCAGGAGUGAUCAGAAGGCAACCUCAGCCCUAGGGGAGACUUCUGCCUAAGGGAUCAUGGAGUGCUGGCUGCUUUGCACCCACUCACUGGGUCCCACCAUCCCCAACCUUGGCUUAAUUCAGGAGGCUCAGAUUUUGCAAUUAGCCUAAUCCUCCAGUCCCAGGUGAGUCUCCAUGGUGAGGAACCAUAGCUGAGCCAUCACCAUGCUUUGGGGCCUCUCCACCUUCCCUGAGCCACUGACACAUCCAUGGUUCCAGGUUGUGGGCAAAUUUCUCCACAGUUGGGCUUGUAAAAUCUCUUCUCACCUAGUUGUGAAAACCAAGGGAAGAGCUCAGUUUUUAUUUUUAUUCAUUUAUUUUUUUUUAUUAAAUCAUAGCUGUGUACAUCAAUAUGAUCAUGGGGCACCAUACACUUGUUUCAUAGAAUAUUAUCUUACAAGAGCUCAGUUUUUAAAAAGGAUUCAUCAAGGACCGACCACCCCAAACCCAGAACCAGACAUUUAGAAGAUGCAUCUCAUGGCGGACUCCAAGCCCCACCAGAUUUUUAGCUUAUGAGACUGAAGCGAAUUUAAGACCAUGCCAGCUUAGACCUUUUAUUGAAAAUGAAUCCACAGCCCCUAAACACAGACUGAUCCUCAGACUAAUCUGAGCUCAGAGGUUGCCAACGAAAUGCACAUUCCUUCUCAUUUUCUCAAAUAGAUGUUUUUCAGCCUUCCCAUCAAUGAGCCCAACUUUGGAACUUGGUGAAAUAUAGGAUCUCCCAGAGGUUUUAGGUGUUCCUCAGAAGCUUCUAAGGGAAGUUUUGGAAGAAAGACCAACAGGUGUAAAAAUAUAAACAUAUAUUAUAUAUAGUUAUAUAUUUAAAGAGAUAUCUAUAUAUAUAAAAUUAUUGUACUCUCCGCAUCUGUACAAAGUGUGAGUUAAGCUGCCCAGGUAGUGUGAGAUGUGUAAUGCAUGAAUGUAAAUACCCUGACAUCUGCCUUCUUAGCCAUGUGCUGUGUGUACAGGGGAGAUGACUUUUGUUGCUAGGAGUUCUCUCAAUGGGCAAAUAUACAGUUGAUGCCGUCUUGUCCACUAACUAGCCAUGAAUGUUGACUUUGUGCUGAGACUUUUGUAUAGGAAGCAUUGUACCGGCAGCAUUGGGGGUGCGCUGUAUGUUACAAGGAAGAAAGCACCGUGACUUUUUUAUUUUCAA